UGAAACUUUUAAAGAGGUUUUUUGUAACCAAGUGUUCGCUGAAAUGUUCAGUUACAAACAAUGUAUGUAUUUCGAUGCAUUCUCUUCUUGUUGUUGUAGAUGAAUUAAUAGGUCUGAAACUCUUCUUUUGUCCCAUGCAACAAACCAAAAUGAAGUCCAUGUCUACUAUGUCUUUUUGUUACAACAACAAAAGCACAUGAACAGGACGUACUUGUAAUUACCAAUGUGGUAAGGUUCAUCUUUCCCACAGCAUGUGACGGCAGUAUGACCAAAUAUACCAGAAAAAAUAGUAGAAGAAGAAGAGGACGCCCUACUAACUUCCAUGUCAACAAAAUAUUAGUCUGUCCAUUUAGACUUUAAACCAGAGGUCGGGAACCCAUGGCUCGCGAGCCAGAUCUGGCUCUUUUGAUGGCUGCAUCUGGCUUGCAGGCAAAUCUUUGCUUAUUGAAAAAAAAAAAGUUUCGUUAUACUCAUUUGCGCAUUGCGUGAAACGGCGACGUCACCGCCGACUGGAAAGCCGGUUCACAGUAAUUUUAGCCUGAAAGUGGCAGACAUACAUGUUGUCGUGUCUAUCUACCUAGCUAUUUAUCUAUCAAUCGCAUAGGCAACGCAGAUGAGGCAGAGACACUGUUCAAGUGGGGUUGCCGUAUUUUGCUGUCCAAAAUACCAGCCGAUGUGCACAUGUGCGUGAGAUCAGGAAGUAAACUUCCCUUUUUUUUGGUUUCAUUUUUCGCGUUGUCAGCUAAUUUUAGAAUCCCUUUUGAGAAGAUGGCAAAAAGAAAAAAAGACGAGGAGUAUCGUACUUUUCAGCAGGACAUAAGGACAUAAAUGCGGCACGGUUGUUUUAUCUCGCUUUGGAUGAGUCAACCGAUGUAAGCAAUUUAUCCAGCGUGUUCAGCGUUAUUGAAAGGUUUUGACUAUGAAAGGGACAACAUGAGGGGAGGAUUUAUUCAAGUCCUUCACUGAGUUUGAUUUAAAAAAAAAAAAAAAAAAAAACGAUGGAUAAACUUAUUUUUGGUGUGCACCGAUGGUGCUCCGUGCGUGUUGGGGAAAAACAGGAUUUGUGGCGCUUCUUCGUGAACAUGAAAAUAGACGCAUCCUAAGUUUCUCAAUGCCUGCAUGAAGCUUAAUUCCACCAAGUAUCAACCAGACUACAAAGCCAUCAGCAAAACCAUGCAGCACCAGAAGUCGCAUUAAUGGUACAGAUGCUGGAAUCUUUGAGUUGAUUGGAACAAAUAGAAAGAGAGAGAAAGAGUGAGAAGAGGAAGAGUAAAGAGAAAGAAGAGGAAAGAAGAAGAGAGAAGCAAGCAUAAAGUUCUUUGGGAAGAGGAGAGAAAGAAAGCGACGGGGACGAUGGGGAGGAAAAAGAUUCAGAUCACGCGGAUUAUGGAUGAACGCAACAGACAGGUGACAUUUACAAAGAGAAAGUUUGGCCUCAUGAAGAAAGCCUACGAGCUGAGCGUGCUGUGCGACUGUGAGAUCGCCCUGAUCAUCUUCAACAGCACCAACAAGCUGUUCCAGUACGCCAGCACAGACAUGGACAAGGUCCUGCUCAAAUACACCGAGUACAACGAGCCCCACGAGAGCAGGACCAACUCGGACAUUGUGGAGACGUUGAGAAAGAAGGGCCUAAAUGGCUGUGACAGCCCUGACCCCGACGCAGACGACUCGGUCGGCCACAGCCCCGAGUCCGAGGACAAAUACAGGAAAAUAAACGAGGACAUAGAUCUGAUGAUCAGCAGACAGAGACUGUGUCAGGCCAUGCCCCCGUCCAACUACGACAUGCCCGUGUCCAUCCCCGUCAGCAACCAAAACAAUCUCAUCUACAGCCAUCCCGGCGGCUCCCUUGGAAACCACAACCUGCUACCGCUGACACACCAUGGACUACAGAGAAACAGCAUGUCACCAGGAGUUACACACAGACCCCCCAGUGCAGGUGGCCUCAUGGGUGCUGACCUCACCACUGGCGCAGGCACCAGUGCUGGAAACGGAUAUGGAAAUCAUCGCAACUCUCCCGGUCUGCUGGUCUCUCAGGCCGGCAUGAACAAGAACAUGCAGGCAAAGUCACCUCCACCCAUGAACUUAGGCAUGAACAACCGCAAACCUGAUCUACGUGUGCUUAUCCCGCAUGGCGCCAAGAACAACAUGCCCUCAAUUAACCAGAGAAUAAACAAUUCCCAGUCUGCUCAGUCUUUGGCCACCCCAGUUGUGUCAGUAGCAACUCCCACUUUGCCAGGACAAGGCAUGGGUGGUUACCCGUCAGCCAUCUCCACAUCUUAUGGUACAGAGUAUUCCCUGAACAGUGCGGACUUGUCUUCGCUGUCAGGCUUCAACAGCGGCAGCUCUCUGCACUUGGGCUCAAUGAGUGGCUGGCAGCAGCAACACCUUCAGAACAUGCAGCAUUCGGCCCUUGGCCAGCUUGGAAAUUGCGCUAGCUCUCACUUAUGUCAGGGUUCAAAUCUCUCCCUGCCCUCUGCUCAAAGCCUGCACAUCAAGUCCGAACCUGUUUCUCCUCCUAGAGAUCGCACCAGCAGCACACCGGGGGGCUACGGCGGCGGUGGGGUAGUCCCUCCCCAGAACCCCUCAUCCCGCCAGGACUCGGGCCGCUCCCCGGUCGAUAGCCUGAGCAGUUGUAGCAGCUCCCACGAAGGCAGCGACCGCGACGAGCACAGGAACGAGUUUCACUCUCCUCUAGGACUGGUCCGCCCCGCCCUGGACGAGCGCGAGAGCCCCUCCAUCAAGCGGGUGCGCCUGUCCGAGGGCUGGGCCACAUGAUAACCCCGCCCUCUCCCCAAUUAAGGCCGCCCCUUUCUCCCCCUGCGACAAAAGCAGCCCCCUGUCAGCCCCUCUCAAAAGUCUACAACCAUUUUAUUUUAUUUUUUUUUUGCUGAGUGUGUGUGUGUGCUAUAUAUAUGACAUCACAUAAACCAGUGGGCUCUUGUAGAUGUCAAUCAAUCGAGGGGCAGGGUAAUCUAUUUUUAGUUGGGGAACUAUGCAUCAAUUGCAAUCACAAAUGCAUAUAUCUUUACAUGUGUGUACAUAUAUGCAUAUCACCAACAACAAUAGUCAGGUACUCUGUUUCAUACAAGUUCCAAUUCAUCAUCUACAGCGGUCGGAAAGUGUCAAGCAGUUUGCAAAUUCCAAACGUUUUGUAAAACAAAAACAGGAAUAUCAAUAGCCGCAUCACAUAUGUAAACAGCGAAAACUGAAGUAAACUAAUAAAUUACAACAGCAGACACAAGGGUAGAUAUCGCUUUGUGACAAUCUCUGCCAUAGGCCUUUCAGAAGUAUUCAUCCAGUAGAGAUCAUUGACGUUAGCUAACUUUAUCAUAGAAAUCGUGACAGCUCUGACGUUAUCCACUAACAUUAGCCAGUCAGACGUGUGUCCUUUGUUCUGAUGUAAGGCUUAUAAUAAUAGUGAUGGAAGUAAGCACACACUAAACUUAUAUCUUAGAGGCUAACAUUAGCGACGAAUGUCCUACAACAAUCUCAACUGGGUAACGUUAGCAUCUGAUGUCAUGCAACGACCUCUAUUGGAUAACGUUAGCGGCUAAUGUCAUGCAACGAUCUGUACUGGAUUACGGUAGCAGCUAACGUCAUAUGAAAAUCUCCACCGUAUGACUGCUGCGUCAAGCCAACGACGUAACUACGGUGUCGCCCCGGCGCUGUUGAUGAGCAUUUGAAGCUCUGCAGAGAAGUGAGGGAUAACGUUCUAGUCCGCCGCCCAUCCACUAGGAGGAUGUAUCCUUAUCUUUGUGUGGUUUCGCUGUGCUUCACAUAGCACUCCUUGGUUUCGUUAAUGUCAGAGACGGAGCAGCUGUUUCUUGAGCUGGAGCUCAUCGAAAUCAAAAAGAAUUGCUUUUGCUCCAAAUGGUAAAGCGCAGGAGACGCAGAAAACUUUGCGGAGGUGGUCUGUCUGACUACUGAACCAGUAGAGGCAGCGAACGGAUGAAUUUACAUACUUCCUCGACCUGGUCCAUUUCUUUUUCGAUACAACAACAGAUUGAAGAAUGGCGGGAUUGUUGCUAUGUUGGCUGGAAAUAGCAAUCACGGGAAUCACGUUUUGCGUGGACCAAUCACACUCCUUGCCGUUCACGUAGAUACGCAUCACAGCGACGCGUUGUCAGGAUUUUAGGGAGGCGCACGUCAGGAUUAAGGUCCAAGCUGGGUACGCCAUCGCCCUGACACUGAAGCGUUAAGGCAGACAAUGGUCAUGAAGCAAUAUCUGCCAAAGUUUACCUACUGGUCAAGUUUACUUCCGUUGUGAUCAUUUUGCGUUCGUGUUGUGACUAUUGGCAUUUUUUUCCCUUUGCAAAGUGUCUGGAAUUUGCAGAUAGUCUGACACUUCCCGGUCACUGUAAUUAUCAGUGACAAGAAAAGACAAAAAAAAGCAUCAACAUGAGAGCGAGUGUACUUGACAAACAUGUACAGUGUCAGUUUCAUCAAUAUGUACCGUCUCCCUGGCAAAAACAAGUGUGUGUGUUAACAAUAGAUGAUGUCAUGUUGCAGGUUCAACGUAUUUAUGUAAAUAGAGGUCGAAAAGGGGGAGCGAAGUUGCAGGACAUUUCAAGAUUUAUUUACUUGCUAAAGGAAUAGCUAAUAUGCAACAUUUGAAGGACUGUACAGGUAUUCGGACCCCAAAACGUUUGGAACUUUUGGUGUGUAAAAAGUGGGGUGAGUGAGGACCACCCUAGGAUCCAAGAGUUAGUGUAAUCAAGAAACCUUGGGAUCUAGUUAUAACUAUCAGUAUUAUUAAAGGAGAAAAAAAAGAAAAAACAAUUGUACGAUACACUUGCUUCUAUUUUCAUAUGAAAGGAUUACAAUGCAAUGCAAAGCAUUUUUGUGGCUUUUUGUAGUUUCUAUAAGCCAGAAUGUGUUUUUGAUAGCUUUGCUAAAUAAGAGAAGGAUAGCGCACCCCGCCCGGUUGGGGGGAUGAGUGGGCUUCGGAGACCCAAGCCAUGAAACAGACUGAGAUCCAAUGCUUUGCUGAACUGUUUUAUCUUUGUAGAAGUUUGUUAUUAAACGUGUAUUUCUAAUUAUAUAUAUAAUAAUGGUAAUAUUAAGAAUCUUUAAAAAAAAAAAUGAGAAAAAAAAGAAAAAAAUCUGUGAAAUUAACAUGCUUGUGUAUAGCUUUCUAAUAUAUAAAUAUAUAUAAUAAUAAUUUUUUUUGUUGUUGGUUUCUUAGUGGAGUUUCAAUGUGCAGUUGCACAUGUUCGUUUGGUUUGUUUUUCCUACAACUUUUUCGGGCUCCAACACAAGCAAAGGCGGCAAAAGAAAUCACUGACGUCCAAUUACGUCUGACCCAACAUGCAUUUUGAUGUCUCACGCGCUUCAUUCUAUUAACUUAUUGAACAUGACCUUGUUUUUCCCUUAUUCAACUCUGCACAAGCUAUUGAAGUAAUAGAAUUCCGCAAAUGGAUGCUGAGGAAUAACCCCGAAUGAUUGCAGAUUUAAUUCAAUUCUGUACCUUCUGGAGUUCAAUUAUUUUCAAAUGAAACAUAUACAGCGACGGUUUUGACAGCCGCGCGAGGACAAUUGGAUCACGUGUUGUUCAUUUUUGAUCGAUAGCUGUUUCGAUUACGCAAACUAGCCACUUAUAUCUGCCUCUGAGUCCUGUAUCUGCUGUCAUUUAAGUGUUAUGAUAUUUCAAUGUGGAUAUUUCAUGCAGGUUCACUAUGUUGUUACUGUAUAGUCUGUGCAUUCAAACAGGGGCAGAGCCUCUAUAGCAGUGUUCUUCUCAACUCUCCCUUUUUUAAAAAAAAAAAUUCAAUAUACAAAAAAGGCUGAGAGGGGAAAAAUAAAUUAAAAAAAUGUUUGAGGCGGAUGAGUGGAGAAACCAAAGCCAGUGGCAUUUGUGUGUUGUAAACUUCUUAUUUUCACAUUCAUUUAUGUUUUUAUUUUGCAAGCAUUGAAAGUGUCAAUAAAAACUGUUGAAAUGUAGAA